AUGGCUAAUCAAAAGCGUCGCAUUUUGCUUUUGAUCAAUGACAUGCCAUCGCAUGUGGUAGCGCAUUUGGACCUCAAAAACGUUGUGAUUUUUAUCCUCGAUUCGGCUAUCCAUCAGAUGCUAAAUCCUAUCACGUCUCGUGUCGUCACGACAUUUAAAAAGCGCUUCCGGCGCUAUCAUUUGCGCCACGCGAUUGACAAAUCAGAGACGAAUAAAAGGACCAUGUUUGAUGUUGACGUAUUACAAGCUAUGAAGUGGGGUGCAGCUAGCUGGGACGAGAUUACAACCGAGACGAUUAAGCGUGCUUGGAUCCCUACGCAAUUAGUGCGCAACCGGGUGAUAUUAGACGAACAUGUGCUCUUGCAAGAAGAAGAAGAGGUGCUUUUAGAUACGGAAUUAGAGCACUUAAUGCUUUUUUUACGACUGCCAAACCCUGUACCCAUAAUGGAGUAUCUAAAUGAUGAGACGAUGUCAGACUACCCUGUGCACGAAGACAAAUUUGACGUCGUGUCUAAUGUUUGUGAAGUACCAGAGGAUGAGGUGGACGAAUCUUUUGAAGAAAGCCCGGGGCGCUCAUUGUCAUUACAGGAGAAAUUGAAAGCAUUUCGCGACGUACUUCACGUUCUAAAAGACCGAAGCGAUGCAGAUGACACUGCACUUAAUGCCAUUCGACGCGUACAAGAUGCGAUUCGAUUGGAAGGCCAAAAGGAAGCAAUGGGUGCCUUAAGCGCCAGCGGCGAUGUCAAGAACUUAUUCGAUUUAGAUACAGAGAUAGGUAGCGAUAGUCAUCAUUCGGGUGCUGCUCAUGUGAUGACAUCUCUUGAAGUCGAUACCCAGCAGCACAUGGAUGCGACAUCAAUAUUGGAUUCUUCCGAGAGUGCUCUAUCAGCUGCUUCAGCUUCCCUAGCUGAGGGUGCUGGUGACCACACAAGCUCGAUGCUGAGCGGACCAACGGAUGACGAACGUCAACAUGAAAGUUUCCAUGCUGUCAUUUAG